GCAGGUUCAUCUGGUGGAUGAAGCUGCCCAGUGUUUGAAAGAUUCCUACUAGCAGCUGCUGCCGAGUUUCCACGACAUAUUCAUCGGUUAUAAACGAGAGACGUAAGGACAAACAAUCCCGCUGGAGAUGGAGACCGAGAGAGCAGGAGCUGGUGGAGAGGUUGCGAGUGGAACAGAACCAGCUGGCGACUUGGAUGCACCUCUCGAUCCUGACCACCAGGUGUCAUUGUCUUCUGAUUCAGACACUGAUGACAGUGAAGACUGGAGAGAGACCACUAACUUUCAGUCAGAUUCCAACUCUGUAGAAGAGCCGGACGUUGAUGUUAGAGAGAAGACGGAUGAUGCUGAUGACAAAUCACUGAUCUGCUCCGGAAGUGGAGAGAAAUGCAUCACAAUGAUUCUCACACGACACAGGAAAUCCUGUCAAGAAUCUUUGACUUGUUCGCUUUGUGGAAACCAUUUUGAAACGAGAAAAAAACUGGGGAACCACAUGAAAAUUCACUCUGAAGGAAAAUCUCUCACCUGCUCUCAUUGUGGAAAAGCUUUUUCACAUAAAGGCAACCUGAAUAGUCACAUGAGCAUUCACUCUGGAGAAAAACCUUUCACCUGUUCUGAGUGUGGCAAACGUUUUUUAAGGAAAAACGAAUUGAAGAAUCACAUGAGAGUUCACACUGGUGAAAAACCUUUUAUCUGCUCCCACUGUGGAAAAUGUUUUUCCAAAUCGGAACCGCUCAUAAGGCACAUUAGAAUUCAUACAAAAGAAAAACCUUUUAUAUGCACCUUGUGUGGUAAAUGUUUUACACAAUCAAGUACCCUGAAUAAGCACAUCAGAGUUCACACUGGUCAAAAGCCAUUCAGUUGCUCUUGGUGUGGAAAGUGUUUUUCCGAGAAAUGUCAACUGAAGAAUCACAUGAGCGUCCACACUGGUAUAAAACCUCUCAUCUGCUCUGAGUGUGGCCGAUUCUUUGCUCGGCAAGACAACCUGAUGAGGCACAUGAGAAUUCACUCUGGAGAAAAACCUUUCAUCUGCUCCCAGUGUGGAAAGUGUUUUUCGCAGAGAGGCCACCUCAAUGGCCACAUGAGAGUUCACUCUGGAGAAAAACCUUUCAUCUGUUCCCAGUGUGGAAAAUGUUUUUCACGGAAAAGUAACCUAACCGAUCACAUGAAGGUUCACACUGAGAACGAGAAUUGAUAAGAUUCUAACUAUUCCAAAUGCAUAAUCAGCUUGUCUUCUGCAACUCGCUCUCUGGCUCUGUUCUUUGCCGCUCUUGACUUUGUUAUUCAUUUUUGACUUUAUUGUUCCCUGCUCCUGCACUUGGGGAUGUAGCUCAGUGGUAGAGCGCAUGCUUAGCAUGUAUGAGGUCCUGGGUUCAAUCCCCAGCAUCUCCACUCUAUAUUAUUAGUGCCAACCUUUUCCAUCACUCUCCUUCAUGGCUCAGUAUACGCUGAUUACUAUCCUCCUGCAUUGUUUCCUGUUGAUGCUGGAUGAAUCCUUGGGAGACCAAACCAAAUUUACAACCUAAUACAUUUCUCUUAACGCAGCCAAGGUGUGUUGACCAUUUCAGCCGCUUGAUGGCAACAGUGCAUAUUUGCAUUAACUAUGCCAACCUGUCUCCUUCGUGGUGCUGCCCAAUGUCUGAAAAGAUCCUCCUGCUUAGUUUGUUGUUGAUAAUAACUGAUCCAUGUUGUAAUGUCUAAGUAAGGACACAGUAGCUAUGUGGAAUGAGAUAUGGUCAUUUAACCCCCACACCCUAUGUGGGUGAUCAUUUAUGUAUUUUCUUUUUUUUGUACCUGGGGAAGAAGGUCAGGGGCCAGCAAGGAGCAGAUACUGUAGCCAUUUGAAAUAAUGUCAAUGUGAAAUUGAG